CCGGAAGCGGCCCGCGCCCCGACCCCGGCAGCCUGGGAGGGCGGCGCGGCGGUCGGGGCCGGGGGCUGACAUGGCUGCAGCAGGCAGCGGCGACUGCGAGGCCCCCGCGCCGGAGGCCGAGCGUCCCCACCCGCGGCCCUUCCUGAUCGGGGUGAGCGGCGGCACGGCGAGCGGGAAGACCACCGUGUGUGAGAAGAUCAUGGAGCUGCUGGGCCAGAACGAGGUGGACCACCGGCAGCGCAAACUGGUCAUCCUGAGCCAGGACCGCUUCUACAAGGUGCUGACGGCCGAGCAGAAGGCCAAGGCCCUGAAGGGCCAGUACAACUUCGACCACCCAGAUGCUUUUGAUAACGAUUUGAUGCACAGGACUCUGAAAAACAUCGUGGAGGGCAGAACUGUUGAGGUCCCGACCUACGAUUUUGUUACCCACUCGAGGUUGCCCGAGACCACGGUGGUGUACCCAGCGGACGUGGUGCUGUUUGAGGGCAUCCUCGUGUUCUACAGCCAGGAGAUCCGGGACAUGUUCCACUUGCGCCUCUUUGUGGACACGGACUCUGACGUCAGGCUGUCUCGGAGGGUGCUCCGGGACGUGCACCGAGGCCGGGACCUGGAGCAGAUCCUGACCCAGUACACCACCUUCGUGAAGCCCGCCUUCGAGGAGUUCUGCCUGCCGACAAAGAAGUACGCAGACGUGAUCAUCCCUCGAGGGGUCGACAACAUGGUCGCCAUCAACCUGAUUGUGCAGCACAUCCAGGACAUCCUCAACGGCGACCUCUGCAAGCGCCACCGGGGCGGGGCCAACGGGCGCAACCACAAGAGGACCUUUCCCGAGCCAGGGGACCACUCUGGGGUGCUGGUCUCCGGCAAGCGGUCCCACCUGGAGUCCAGCAGCAGACCCCACUGAGCGGACGCCUGGGGACGGGCCUGGGACACCCUACCCCGGAGCAGCGAGCACAGCCUAGUGGCUGCUCCUGGGUGGCGUUGGGACCAAGGCGUCCUUGUCCUCAUCCUGGGGGCGGGGGCAGUCUGGGUAACGGGCUGAGGGCUGAGGUCACCAGCUUCCUGCUUCCUUGGGGAGGGAGGUGGGCGGCUCUGCGGUCCUGGAAGCACAUGGGAAGCCUGUGGCCCCUGCUUCCUGUACUUUUGGCCAAGCACAAGCGGCCUGGCCACUGGCUGGCCUGGUGGUCUUUGACAGCAAACCCCCAGUGAGAGAUCAGCCUCGCAGUGCGAUCUGUGCACACGUGCAUGUCACCAGAACAUGCUCCGAUGGGGCAUGUGUCCUGCUGCUCUGUUAGCACAAGGCUGACUGGGACCUGGAAGUCUCGUUCCACAACCCACACUGGGCAGGCAGGGAAGAGCUGGGAGCCCGGGGCCAGCCACGUUUCGCUGAGCAGCCUCUCUUGGAAGCAGGGCCCCAGCCCAGGGUGCUGCCUGUGGAGGGCCGUCCCCGGGGGCGCAGGGCCACCUCAGAUGCCCAGACUGCAGGCACCUCCCUUGGGUCCCCACUCAGCCUCCCGCGGUCCCACCUGCAUCACUCCUCCCACGUGAUGGCCCUUUUGGAAGCAUCCUUUGCCCAUGGCACGUGCUGUGGCAGACACUGGCUUCUCAACAUGGUUACCCAGCCGUGCUGUGUGCCAGGUGGCUCUGAACCUAAGGGUCUGGGUGAGUCUGCCCCUCUGGAUGAAGAAUGAAUAAACAGCUUCGGAUGUGAAA